AUGAUCGGUGCAGGGGGACCAUUGGCGUCAGGCACCAGCCUGGGCUCCUACAAAUCACACCGUUCUAGUAGGUCGCCCGUCGCCAGUGCGGAGACGUGGAAGCAGCGCUGGCAACGCCGUUGCUAUGGGGUCCUGGCCCAUCCGCUGUUCGAUGGGGUCAUGGGCGCGCUGAUCACGCUCAACACCCUUGUGAUCGGCGUCGAGCUCAUGGUGUUCCCGCCGAUGACGACGCCCGCGCCUGAGGGCGAUGCUGUCUUCGAGUCGCUGGAGCACGCGUUUCUGCUCAUCUACGUGGCAGAGCUUUCAGCCCGCAUCUUUGCGUGCGGUAUGAAGUGCAUGCGAACCAACUGGGUCAGGUUUGACUUCGUCCUCGUGUCGUUUGGUGUGGUGGACUCCUGGUUGGUUCCACUCGUCCUGCUGUGUGCUGGCGAAGCCGUGCAGAAGAGCUGGUCACCGCCCACGUUCAUGCGCAUUCUGAAGCUCGGGCGCCUCGCGCGAAGUCUGCGCCUCUUCGUGCAGUUCCGGACCCUCUGGAUGCUGGUCUCUGGGCUGUCUCAGUCUUUGACCACGAUCGUCAACGUUUUCAUCGUGCUCUCGCUGACCCUCUUUAUAUUUGCUUGCCUUGGCAUAGAGAUGAUCACAAGUAAUCCUAAAAGUUUCGACGAAGGGACAUUUGGCGAUAUUGUCAACGAUUACUGGAGCACGCUGCCAAAGGUCAUGCUCACACUGGUCCAGUUUGUUACCCUGGACAGUAUCGGGCAGAUAUACAAGCCUUUGAUCGAGGAAGACUGGAUGCUGGUGCUAUUCUUUAUACCUUUCAUCCUGGUGGUGUCCGUAGUCGUCAUGAACCUCGUGACAGCGGUGGUCAUCGAAGUCUUCCUGGAUCACGCGAAGCGAGACCAGGAGAUGCGCCAGAUCUACAAGAACCACUACACGCGGGCCAUCCUCCCGCAGCUGCGGGCGAUGUUCGAGGACCUAGACGCGGACGGCAACGGCUACAUCACCUUGGUCGAGCUCCAGCACGCCUCCGAGGAGCUGCAGAUGGACCUCGGGAAGCUCCUGAACGUAGACUCGCUCUUCGACCUGUUCGACGCGCUGGAUGCGGACGGCUCGGGCGAGAUCAGCAUCGACGAGUUCCUCGAGGGCAUCACGCAGCUGAGCGCCACCAACUCGAGGGGCCUCGAGCUCACCCGCAUACUGAACAUGCUGAAGCUGAUCCUCCGGCACGUCGCCCCGCAAGACCCUGUGACCAGGACCUUGAGCGCCCUCCCCUCGGCGAGGCGCGCCGCCCCCUCGUCGGGCGCGCAGAGCCCCAAGAGCCCCAAGAGCCCCAAGCGCCGGGGCGGCGGCGGCUGGGCGGCGGCGGCUGCGCGGAGGGCGCCGGACCGCAGCGCCCGCUCCCCGGCCUGA